AUGAGAAACCACAGUGUCGUCUCUGAGUUCAUCCUCCUCGGGCUGUCUGCUGACCCCCAGGUCCAGGCUCUGCUCUUUGUGCUGUUCCUUGUUAUUUACCUCCUGACUCUGAUGGGGAACCUGAUGCUGCUGCUGGUGAUCAGGGUUGAUUCCCGUCUUCACAUCCCCAUGUACUUUUUCCUGGGACAGUUGUCCUUCCUGGAUCUCUGCCACUCCUCGGUCACUGUGCCCAAGCUGCUGGAGAACCUCCUAUCUGAGAAGAAAACCAUCUCAGUGGAGGGCUGCAUGGCUCAGGUCUUCUUUGUGUUUGCCACCGGGGGCACUGAAUCCUGCCUACUCACCGCCAUGGCCUAUGACCGCUACGUGGCCAUCAGCUCUCCCUUGCUCUACGGCCAGGUGAUGAACAGACAGCGGUGUGUGGGGCUGGCGUGGGCCUCUUGGGGUUUGGCUUUUCUGGAUGGUCUCAUCAAUAUCCUUGUGGCUCUCAGCUUAGACUUCUGCGAGGCUCAAACUAUCCACCACUUCAGCUGCGAGCUGCCCUCUCUCUACCCUUUGUCCUGCUCUGAUGUGACUACAAGUUUCAUUACCCUGCUCUGCUCCAGCUUCCUCCAUUUCUUUGGAAAUUUCCUUCUGAUAUUUUUCUCCUAUGUUCGCAUUUUGUCCACCAUCCUGGCCAUCAACUCCACCACAGGCAGAAGCAAGGCUUUUUCCACCUGCUCCUCCCAUGUCAUAGCAGUUUGCUUCUUCUAUGGCUCAGGUUUCCUCCGCUAUCUCAUGCCUCCCUCAGGCUCUCCCCUGGAAGCCGUCUUCUCUGUACAGUACAGCGUGGUCACUCCCAUGCUUAAUCCUCUCAUCUACAGCCUGAAGAACAGGGAGGUGAAGGCAGGUGUGAGAAGGAUGUUGCGAAAAUGUUUCUAG